AAGUAAUGUAAUACCAUAAGGGAGGUAAAAAAAAAAAAGAAAACAUUUUCAGAAAUAGAGUCGCCGGAACCAUCUAGGGCAAAACUCUGCAACAACAAUCAUCAAUCUCCGUAGCUACAAUCCACACGAAGGUGUUGACCGUGAGAAACCAAACUUUUUAUCAGUCCUAUUUAUUAUGCCCACUAUGGCUGCUGAAAAAUCAGACGUUUUAUUGGCCGAACAAAUCAAACAACAAGCUAAUGAAGCUUUUAAAGCUAAUAAGUUUUCACAAGCGAUUGAUUUGUAUACAAAGGCGAUUGAAUUAAAUGGUCAAAAUGCUGUGUAUUGGGCGAAUCGGGCUUUUUCUCAUGCUAAAUUGGAGGAAUAUGGUAGUGCUAUUCAGGAUGCUUCUAGGGCUAUUGAGAUUGACCCUAAGUAUUCAAAGGGUUAUUAUCGGCGUGGUGCUGCGUAUCUUUCAAUGGGGAAGUUUAAAGAUGCACUUAAGGAUUUUCAACAGGUAAAGAGAAUAUCUCCUAAUGAUCCAGAUGCUUCAAAGAAACUAAAAGAAUGUGAAAAGGCUGUUACGAAGCUCAAGUUUGCAGAAGCAAUUUCUGUACCUACUUCCGAACAACGCUCAGUAGCCGAGUCUAUCGACUUUCGAACCAUAGGGGCGGAAACCGGCUCAUCAAAUCAUUCCCUUCAGGUUACUGCCGCAGCGGUGGCGGUGGCAGUAGCAUUACUGGCUAUAUUGAUGCUGGUGGUGCGGCCCAUUGUAGCCACUAUGGUGGCAUCUGCGGCACUGGCAGCAUUCUUGGUGGUCAACAAGACUGGUUGGUGGGCUGGCUACACUGACGGUUUCCUAACCAAGAGUCAAAUAUUGAACAUAGAUGUGGAGCCACAGUAUGCUGGUGCACGAAUAGAGGGUGACGUAAUAACUUUGGACUUUGUGAAGCAAAUGAUGGAUGACUUCAAAAAUCAGAAAUCGUUACAUAAACGAUAUGCCUUCCAGAUUGUUCUACAGACACGAGAAAUCUUAAUGGCAUUGCCAUCUCUGGUCGACAUAAACGUUCCAGACGGAAAGCACUUCACCGUUUGUGGUGACGUGCACGGUCAGUUCUUUGAUCUUUUAAAUAUCUUCGAGCUCAACGGCCUCCCCUCUGAUGAAAAUCCUUAUUUAUUUAACGGUGACUUUGUUGACCGGGGAUCCUUUUCGGUGGAGGUUAUUCUCACAUUGUUUGCGUUCAAGUGUAUGUCUCCGUCAGCUAUACAUCUUUCUCGUGGAAAUCACGAGAGCAAAAGCAUGAACAAGAUUUAUGGGUUCGAGGGUGAGGUCAGAUCUAAGUUGAGUGAUAAAUUUGUGGAGCUAUUUGCGGAAGUUUUCUGUUAUUUACCUCUAGCCCAUGUUAUAAACGAGAAGAUAUUUGUUGUUCACGGUGGACUUUUUAGCACUGAUGGAGUAAAGCUCUCUGACAUCAGAGCGAUCGAUCGGUUUUGUGAGCCUCCAGAAGAAGGUUUGAUGUGUGAGAUACUAUGGAGUGAUCCACAACCUAAUCCCGGUAGAGGACCAAGCAAGCGCGGUGUAGGUCUUUCGUUCGGUGGAGAUGUAACAAAAAGGUUUUUGAAGGAUAAUAAUCUAGAUUUAGUUGUGCGAUCUCAUGAGGUCAAAGAUGAAGGUUACGAAAUCGAGCAUGAUGGUAAACUCAUCACUGUUUUUUCCGCUCCAAACUACUGUGACCAGAUGGGAAACAAAGGUGCUUUUAUCCGAUUUGAAGCACCAAGUAUGGAGCCUAAGAUUGUUACAUUUUCCGCUGUGCCACACCCUGAUGUGAAGCCAAUGGCAUUCGCCAGCAAUUUCCUGCGCAUGUUCAAUUAGUGUUUGCUGAAAAUGGUGAAGCCGGGUUGGUUUCUUUAGUCUACACAACUGCACAUACUGCAUGAAACUCCUGAUACAUGUCUGUAACGUUACAUUCUUGCUAAAGUUCGUUUGUUUCCGAUAGUUUAUGUAACCGGCAAGCAAAAAACAGGGUGGUCUAAUCGAGGCCCGCCUGUAUAAUGUAUCACCCGUUUAGUUUAACUAUGUAUCUACCAUUUUCAUAGAAAAUCUGUUUUGCAUCCUUUAUUAUUGAAACUCGAGACAAAUUGAAUUGUGAAGGACAAUAAAUAUUUCAUUCUUCUUAA